AUGCAUCUCAAGCAGGCGUUGUUGACUGCCUUUGCAGUGUCUGGUCUAUCAUACGCAAAUUCAGUCAAUCAUCGGGCAGAAUGUAAAUGUGGGCCGACGGACGAGUGCUGGCCAUCUACUGCAAAGUGGGCAGCGUUAAAUAACACCGUCGAUGGACGCCUUAUCAAGACUAUUCCCAUUGGAAGUGUUUGUCAUAACACUACUAUUGUUGACUCUGUCGAGAUAAAUACGUUCGAUGCGGAAAAAUGUGCUGAAGUCCAAGCCAAUUGGCAUUUCCCACAGUGGCAUGAGCUGUCAUCAAGCUCAAUCAUGACACCCUGGUGGUCGAAUAAUUCAUGCAAUCCGUUUGAGCCGACUGAAUCUAUAUGCAAUAUGGGAACUUAUGUCAACUAUGCAGUAAACGUGUCGACAGUCGCGCAUGUGCAAGCCGCUAUCGCGUUUGCCAGGCAACAUAACAUCCGCUUCGUAAUUCGUAAUACUGGUCACGAUUACAUGGGCAAAUCUACUGGCUACGGCUCACUCGCCAUCUGGACCCACCAUGUCAAAGGCAUGGAACUGAUCGCAAAUUACAACACGUCUUAUUACAGUGGACCUGCUGUAAAGGGCUACGCUGGAACCAUAGUCAACGAGCUCUAUUCGUUCACAGCCGAGCAUGGGUACCUGUCGGUUGGUGGAGAAUGCCCUACAGUCGGUUGGGCUGGAGGUUACACGAGCGGAGGUGGACAUUCUGCUCUCAGUUCAUGGAAGGGGCUUGCAGCUGAUCAGACUUUGGAAUUUGAGGUGAUCCUUGCCAAUGGAGACUUCAUCACUGCGUCUCGCACUAACAAUUCUGACCUCUGGUGGGCACUCUCUGGCGGAGGACCUGGAAACUAUGCUGUCGUUUGGUCAAUGACUGCUAAAAUCUUUCCUGACGUGCACGUCACAUCCGCGGUUAUCACAGCACCUCAGGGAACCAUUAGCAACGAUACAUUCUGGGACUUCAUCAGCUUUUACCACACCCUUGUACCUUCCUAUGUCGAUGCAGGCGCUUAUGCUUAUGCAUUCUAUAACGUCGGGUAUUUCCAGCUUUGGCCCCUCUUCGUACCUAACAAGACGACCGAAGAAGUUAACGAUUUGGUUGCACCCCUCACCGCGAAGCUCGCCGAGCUUGGAUUCAACUUUACCUCCUCAAUCGACACCUACCCCACCUUCAAACAAGCCUACGACGCAUCGUUUGGUGCAAUCAACACCGGCGAAUUCCAGUUCGGUGGACGUCUUAUUCCGCGAUCAACCCUUCUCACCAAUGGAACGGCACUAACAAAUACUGUUCGCCACAUUGCUGAAGGUGGUGCUGCCAUCAUCGAAGUCGGCAUUGCGCCAUCGGAAGCCGUCGGCGGAAAUCCAGGAAACUCUGUCCUACCUGCUUGGCGCGACAGCGUCAUGUAUAUCAUUCCCGCUGCCCCGUGGUACGAUGCUGCAGGGUCUCUUGAAAAGAACAUCGCAGUCCGCAAAACUAUUACUUAUGACUGGGACGAGAAGCUGCGGCAACUGGCUCCGAACUCCGGCGCCUACAUGUCUGAAGCGGACGGCGACAACCCAAAGUGGAAAGAGGACUGGUACGGCGCUAAUUACGUGAGCUUACUGAAGAUUAAGGCCAAGUACGACAAGGACAAGUUUUUCUACGCAGAGAAAGCGGUAGGAAGCGAAUACUGGUCGGUCGAUGUGGAUGGCAAGAUGUGUCGUGCGAAGACCCCCGGAAUUAACAAGUAA